AUGGCCGACUUCUUCGGGGUGGUCGCCAUCAUCUUCUUCUAUGUUCUGAUUCUUAUCGUAGGAAUUUGGGCCGGCAGGAAAUCCAAGAACGCCAAAGAAUGUGUCGAUCAUGCUGGUGCACAUACGGAAGAAGUGAUGCUAGCCGGAAGAAACAUUGGCACAUUGGUCGGAAUAUUCACCAUGACCGCAACCUGGGUGGGAGGAGCGUACAUUAAUGGUACUGCAGAAGCGCUUUACAACGGAGGUGUGCUGGGAUGCCAGGCUCCAAUCGGUUACGCCCUCUCUCUGGUGAUGGGUGGCUUUUUGUUCGCCAAGAAGAUGAGAGACGAGGGAUACGUCACAAUGUUGGAUCCAUUUCAGAUCAAAUACGGACAGCGCGUUGGAGGCUUGAUGUUCAUUCCAGCCUUAUUCGGUGAAGUCUUCUGGAGUGCCGCUAUUCUCUCAGCUCUCGGAGCGACACUGUCGGUGAUUCUGCGCAUUGACAUGAAUAUAUCGGUUGUGAUCUCAGCACUAAUAGCCGUUCUAUACACUUUUACCGGUGGCCUCUAUGCUGUCGCUUACACCGACGUCGUGCAACUUUUUUGCAUCUUCGUUGGUUUGUGGGUUUGUGUGCCUGCUGCGCUUCUACAAGAUGCAACGAGAGAUCUCAGAAGAAACGCCGAGGAUUGGUUAGGAGAAAUCGGCGGGUUUAAGGAGACAUCACUCUGGUGGGACUGCAUGCUGUUGUUGGUCUUCGGUGGAAUUCCUUGGCAGGUAUAUUUCCAACGAGUUCUGUCGUCGCGCACAUCAUCUGGAGCUCAGAAGCUGUCGUUCAUUGCCGGACUCGGAUGUCUGCUGAUGGCAAUACCACCGGCUCUUAUAGGAGCGAUUGCUCGAAAUACAGAUUGGCGCCUCACGGAGUACUCACCAUGGAAUAACGGGACAAAAGUCGAAGAAAUUCCUGAGGACAAGCGAAAUAUGGUCGUUCCUCUUGUGUUUCAAUAUCUCACACCAAAAUGGGUUGCUUUUAUAGGACUAGGAGCUGUGUCGGCAGCAGUGAUGUCGUCGGCAGAUUCUUCAGUACUCUCAGCAGCUUCGAUGUUUGCCCAUAACAUUUGGAAGCCCACCAUCAGACCACAUGCCCCCGAAAAAGAAGUGAUUUUCGUGAUGCGUUUCGCCAUUAUAGCGGUCGGAGUGAUGGCCACCAUUAUGGCGCUUACUAUUCAGAGCAUCUAUGGGCUAUGCAGUAACACCUAUGGAUCGCUGGCUGGCUAUGCAGUGGGUCUUCUCCUGCGAUUAUCAGGUGGUGAACCGUUGCUUGGCUUGCCAGCUGUUGUACAUUAUCCAAUGUUUGAGGACGGUAUACAGUACUUCCCGUUCAAGACAGUAUCAAUGUUGUCGUCAUUAUUCUGCAUAAUAGGUGUUUCACGACUCAGCGAAUAUUUGUUCACAUCGGGGCAGCUGUCGGCCGAGUUAGAUGUUCUCGGAUGUGUCAUGGUUCCGUCAGAGCGGAUACCUCUACCAUCUGAUGUAUCAUUCAACGUUAGCAGUGAUACUUUAGCAAUGAAUAAGGUGAUGUUUCUGGGUGUCGGACUGCGAUGUACAGUGGGAGAUUCGUCCCUCCGGCAGGAUCUCCCAAGCUGA